UUAGGGAACAGAAUAUGAGAGAAGUUAAAACAAGCGGAACUCCUAAAUUACCUCAAGUUAACGUCGCACAAAACUUUCAAUUCGCGAAGAAAAUGCAUGUCGGAAAUCUGGAGCAUCAGCCGUUACCUGAUACUUUAGGAUACCGAAAUUUGACUAAAAUCGCCGAACACCGAGAUUCAGAUAUCAUCGUCAAGCCCUACGCUAUCGGCUGGAAAGGUUACGGGGCAUCUGGUCCUACUUGUUGUACAAAAAUGCGUGUUCACAGGCCUAAAACAUGCGACGCCAAGAAAGCUGAUAAUGAUAAAGUAGACCAAAGGCCUUCUACAUCUGGUCCAGACCUAGGCGGACAAUACAAAAAGCCAAUGUCACUGAUGGAUCUCGCAAUUUGCUGGGAUUUUAGACCAGACGAUCCUAAGAGAGAGCCCAGACCACCAAAGCACAUUGAUGGUUCGAAUGGAUCAAAAGCGCCAGCCGUUUUUACAAUGGUACACACUCCCAAAGAAGAAUCAGAGGGCAUUACAAUAGGUCACACUAAUCCUAUUUUCAAUCAAAACCGUCUAGUAGAAGAUAUUGGUCACCACCCAGUACCAUAUUUUGAAAAGGACAUGGCUAAAGAAAGGCGCCGCGAAUCUUGUGAAGUGCAAUAUUGCCCACAACAUGUUGCCGGAAAUGAGAAAGGUUCUAGAUCUGCGUCGUCUAGCAGGAAGAGUUCGGGACAAUCUGUAAAGAAAACCGAAUGCGAUGGGAUUCACGGUUGCGGGACUCCUAGUGAGAUGAGUCGAAAGUCUAGCCGUGACAAUGGCAGGCCAGAUAAAUUACAUCCAAUAAAAGAUGCAUGGAACACCAAAACCAAAAAUAAUAACUUUGACGUAAAUCGCAAUCGUCAUAGUUUAGAGUCCUAUGAGAAAACUCCAUUAGCUCAAGGAAAGUUGCACCACAGCUCACCAAAUGAUACUCAACAGUUUUCACGACGUUCGACUAAAGAUAGCGAUUCUACGAAUCCUAAACACAAAAGUUGCUUGUCUUGUAAUGGCGUAAAAUUAACUCACGACACGAAACAAAAGGAUGACUACAAAUUUGCAUUUAAAGCUGGUAAUCCUAAUUCAGUACAGAGCGUGACUGGCUCCACUGAUUCUAAAGGAGUAAAAAUGCCGAAGAUGCGUCAUCCUUAUACUAAGAAGUCGUAUACCAUUCCAACUUUAGCGCCCCCGUUUAGCAUUUGGCGAGACGCUAAUGCGACUGGCUAUCCGGAGCAUUGGAGACUAGCGAGCGUCUACCAACACGCGUAUAAACCACCAGAACAAAGACGCAAGCCGCUCAUAGACAGCGUUUACCAAUGAUAAUAAAAA